GUGACAUCACCAGUCUCCUGCAAAUCACAAGCUGUGAGGGCGGUGACGGAAUCAGACAGCGCCGGGGAAGGAAGAGACGUUGUGGGCAGUUCGUGCCGGUCACAUUGGGCAGCAGCAUGUACCGAGUUAUCAGUCGGGCAGGGAGAGUCCUGCUGCGGGGCUCACAAGUCCAGCCCCCCACAAUGUGUAAUACACAGGCCCAGCGAUGUCUGACCUCCGGCCUCCCCAUGAACACCGUCAUUCUGUUUGUGCCUCAGCAGGAGGCCUGGGUGGUGGAAAGGAUGGGACGUUUCCAUCGCAUGUUGGAGCCUGGCCUGAACGUGCUCAUUCCUGUCCUGGAUCGGAUCCGAUAUGUUCAGAGUCUGAAGGAAAUCGUCAUCAAUGUCCCUGAGCAGUCGGCAGUUUCACUCGAUAACGUCACCUUGCAGAUUGAUGGAGUACUGUACCUCCGGAUCUUGGACCCAUACAAGGCAAGUUAUGGGGUGGAGGACCCAGAAUACGCCGUCACCCAGUUGGCACAAACCACCAUGCGCUCGGAGUUGGGCAAACUGACUCUGGACAAGGAGAGAGAAUCGCUCAAUGCCAACAUUGUGGCUGCAAUAAACCAGGCGUCGGACUACUGGGGCAUCAAGUGCUUGAGAUACGAGAUCAAGGACAUUCACGUGCCCCCCAAGGUGAAGGAAGCCAUGCAGAUGCAGGUGGAGGCUGAGAGGAGGAAGAGGGCGAUGGUGCUGGAGUCUGAAGGGACCAGAGAGUCGGCCAUAAAUGUGGCAGAGGGACAGAAACAAUCCCAAAUUCUGGCCUCUGAGGCGGAGCGAGCGGAGCAGAUAAAUAAAGCUGCAGGUGAGGCCAAUGCCAUCCUGGCUAAAGCAAAGGCUCGUGGAGAAGCCAUAAAGAUGGUGGCGGAGGCAUUGACACAGCAGAAUGGCAAUGCUGCCGCGUCCCUCACUGUGGCUGAACAAUACGUGUCGGCCUUCUCCAAUCUCGCUAAGGAAUCCAACACCAUUCUGCUUCCAUCCAACACUGGAGACAUAACCAGCAUGGUGGCCCAGGCAAUGGGCAUUUAUGGAAAACUGACCCAGCAGUUACCGCAGAUCAAAGCCACAGAGAGUGACGGCACAAUGGGCACCGAGACACAAGAGAAGGAUCAACAUUAGCCGCGCAAUUGUACCACAUGGCCACCAGCAUGGACUCUCCCUGAAAUGUCUGGCUCACUGAUUGGAUUUUUUCUUUUUAUAAAUGGAAUUUUGGUUAUGUAAUAUAUUAUCAGUGGGA